UCUUAAUAGUGAAGAGACCCGUGAUGUCUUUUUUCUGAGUGCCAAAUGCGAAGCGGUGGGCGGCAGGGGCUCUUGGGAAGCACACGAUCCGCUCGUGGCAGAUUUUCGACUCUCCAUUGACCCGGUUGCAAUUCUUGAGCGGGACACCCAACAAGAGGAAAUUGUGAAUGAAGUUCAACAGUCUCAUUCCUCGGAGAAAUUUCUUGAUGAGCGGGUUGCCUUAGAUCCCCUGAGCCAAAGAAGUCUCAAGAUUGCAAAACGCUGGCUUGACACUUGCGUGAAAACGCAUGGCGAAAGCUGCGGAAAUAUGGCUGGGGACAGUAUGCCCACACGUGUAUUGGACAUCGCCCCCGAUGACGCUCCUGAUGGCGAGAAAAUAUAUCUGAGGGUCUCUCGGGAUACAAAGCCAGAAGAUCGGCGCUAUGUCGCUCUCAGUCAUUGUUGGGGCAAGUCAGACACUCCUUUCAUCACUACGAUGUCCAAUAUUCAGCACCGGAUGGAUGGAAUCGACAUCGAAGAGAUGCCUCAGACUUUUCGAGAUGCUGUCACAGUUGUGAGGAGUCUAGGGUUGAGAUAUCUUUGGAUCGACAGCCUCUGCAUCAUUCAACAAGACUUGGAAGAUUGGCAGAUCGAAUCAGCGAAAAUGGCAAACGUCUAUCGCGAUGCGUACCUCGUUCUAGGGGCUGCAGCUGGUUUGUCUGAUGCUGCAGGCUUCCUUGGCGCUAGAACCUUUCAGGAUACCAUCAAGUUACAGACCAACCCUUCAACAUCGCUCUAUCUCCAGCUUCAUCCUCCUAAAAGCCGUCGCUGGACAUUCGACGACAGACACGCACCCGACCUGCUUGCGGCUGAGCCGUUGACAGGGCGAGCCUGGUGUUUACAGGAAAGAUACCUGCCGAAGCGCGCCUUGCAAUACGGCUCACAGCAGAUGUUCUGGGAAUGCGAACGAAUCAGAGCCAGUGAGGAUGGAGAUACCGUCACCCAAAACGGCGACUACUUGAAGUCUCUGUCAGACACGGGCGCAGCCAAGGAGUCUGUUUUCCACAGGGAGAAUCGCAAACCCUAUUCGGAAAACGUAAGCGUCAAAUGGGUUGACUGGUAUCAAAUGCUAGAGGACUAUACGUCUCGAGGAAUCACCGCUUCCACAGACAAGCUGCCGGCAGUUUCAGGACUAGCAAGUGCCAUUGCAAAGGCUAAUGGUGCCGAAGGUUACAUGGCGGGUAUAUGGCGAACAGGGUUGCUCGAGGGACUGGUAUGGUGCCGUAAAACACCGGAACAGAUGUUUGACAAAUCAGACGAGUAUGUUGCUCCCUCGUGGUCAUGGGCAUCUGUCCAGGGCGCAGUACAGUUCCCCAUCUACAACUGGCAUAUCCCUCGGGCGCCUUGGAAGGCGCGCAUGGCGGACUUCGAGGCCUUGGCACAAUAUGUUAGUCACACUGCCGAACUAAAGGACAAGGACUUGUACGGGCGACUUGAAAAGGCAAGUCUUCGUAUCAAGGCCCCUCUGGUCAAGGUCGUGUCCAUACACCCACGACCGUCAGAGCUACCAAGCGUUAAGCACAUUUUCGGACAGGGCCCAAAUCAAUCCCUCGUGGCAGACAAAGUUGUCGAACUACAAUCAUCGCAAAGAGAGCGGUUUUGGGUUGACGGUGGCUUUGACUUUCCCGUGGGGGAGAAUCAUCUUGACCUGGCUGUCGUUUUCCUCACUCGGCUACCCCAUAUUCUCAAGGAUGGCUUCGUGGAACAUCGUUUCGGGCUCCUGGUUCAGAAACUUGACGACGGCGACUACCGACGAGUUGGCUUUGUCGAUGGAUCUAUUCUUGAGACGCGCCACGCUGCGACUUUGAGGCAUAUGCCAAAGCUUUUGAAGCAAGGUCUGUCAUGGCUCGAAGGAAUGGCAACAAAACAAAGAGACCCUGGGACUCCGGAUCAACUGGAAAUUCUUGGAUACGCUCGAGAGCCAGUAGGGGAAAAUGACAUGUAUGAAGUAGAGCCACCUAACCAACUGGCCUCAAACCCGCUCGACCUAGAAGAGGUCGAGUUGACUCUAGUAUGAUGGAUUUUCUACGACCUUGUUCGAGGAUCAAUGUAACUUGUCUAAAUUAUACACAAAGCUGCCUCUGAGGAGCGGAGAGAAGACCAUUAGUUAUUGCGGUAAUUGUGAG